CACGUAACGGUUCGAUCGUAAAUGACGAAAUCGGGUGAGGAAAAGGGGAAGAAAAAAAGAAAAAUCAGCGGUACGUUACCUCUGGCACGGCGAGGGGGCGCUGGGGGGGGCAGGCCGAAGAAAGGAGAACGGAGACCGGUGAGCGGUUCGUCUAAGCCGGUGUAAAGUCAGGUGGUGGGGGAAGAAUCGCGGAGUGGAACGGCGGCUCACCUGCCGGUGCCGAUCGCGGGUUCAGUCGGUGUCCGGCCGCUUUGGUAAAGCCUCGCGACGCUCCUUCGUCCCCGGAAAUUCCCUACCUCGGGCGUAUCUUAAUUCCUAACUGUCCCUGGCGGGGGUGCAAGUGACGUAGCGGGGUUAUGUAGAUCGCCGAUCGACGCGACACCCCCCAGGGGCGCGAGUGAGUGAGUGUGUUCACCUACGGUGAGAUUGUUCACGCGUACGCCCUCACCUGGCGGCGCAACGACGCGCCUCGGGUGCAUGCGGCGACGCGGCGGGACAUGUCGCACCAUCUGACGCUCUGACGCGACGACGCGACCACGCCGAACAUGACGCGGACGAGCUGCCGAUGGGCCCUGGCCAUCCUCUGGACAUCUCUCCUGGCACCGGAGGUCCUCUCCAAAGCAGGCCUUUGCGAGGUGGAAACUGGACAGUCGAACAUCAUCCUCGACAUCGAGGAGAGCAGAGGAACCGCCACCGACCAGAAGACCGUCCCCGAGGAACUUCCGGUGUCCGGAGAUCCUCGAAACGAGACCACUCUCGAGCUGAUCUUCCCCGGAAGGCGACCGCUUUUCCGGCUCGAGGGAAAAAAACUCAGACUCCUCGAACCCCUCGACAGGGACGCGGAAAACCUCUCCCAUGUCGUCUUCCAGCUGACCUGCACGGUGAAGUCGACGAACAAGAAGCGAACGAUUCCAGUAAUCGUCCGGGUGUCCGACGUUAACGACAAUGCUCCGAUUUUCGUUAACGCGCCGUACGAGACGACCGUCCCGGAACUCACCCCGAUCGGGUCCACCAUCUUCAAGAACAUCGUCGCCAAGGACGCGGAUGCCGGUGUCAACGGACUCGUGGAGUACUCCAUCGCACCUGGGGAUGGCACCGGGAUCGGCUACAACGACGGGGUCGGUCGCGACAGGAUCACCACUGCCGAUGGAUACGGCUUUUUCACCAUCCACCUGCCCCACCAGGGCCAGGUCACCGUCAAUCGCACCCUGGACUUCGAGAGGACCCAGCGGUACCUCGUCACCGUCCUUGCCUCGGAUCGAGCCAGGAACCACUCGGAGAGGUUCACCUCGACCACCACCCUGACGGUGAACAUCCGCGACGACGACGACCAGGAUCCCUCCUUCAUCUACCAAGGGUGCAUGCUCCUCGACGGAGCUUGCAUCAACCCCGAGUACUCUGCGUCGGUGUCGAGCGGGGUCUUGUCGGGGAUCCUGAACAUCUCCCCGGAGAAGAUCCAGGCCGUGGACAUGGACAGCAUCAACGCUCCCAUCCACUACUCCUUCCUCAGCGGGAACCCCUCGAACUAUCGGGACUUCUUCGAGAUCAACCCGACGACCGGGGCCGUCAAGCAGACCCGGGCGGUGGAUACCACCGUCACCAAGAAGUUCGACGUCAUCAUCAAGGCGGUGGAGGUGUCCGAAGCCAAGAGGUCGGCCACGGCGAAGCUCUCGAUCACGGUGAAGCCGGUCGACAGCAAUCCUCCCGUCAUCGAGGCGUCCUCGAUCGAGGGCUUCGUCGACGAGAACGCUCCCGUCGGCACCAAGGUCAUCGACGGAGCCGGGAACCCGAUCGUCCUGACCGUCUCCGACGCCGACCUGAGCCCGGAGGAUCCCCAGCCGACGUACACGUUCGAGCUGACGACGAGCUUCUUCGCGAUCGACCCCUCCGGGGUCCUGAUCGUCAACGAGGAAAACCUUGACCGGGAUCCUCCCAGUCCGGGACGUUUCCGGUUCCAGGUCGUGGCUAGGGAGAAAAACGGAGUGGCCUCCUCGUCGCCCUUGUCCUUCGUCGUCACCCUGAACGACGUCAACGACAACGCUCCCCUGCUGCCCAUGACCGCUCCCAUCACCGUCCAGGCUGGAGAAGCGAAUAGGGAAGUGAUCAAGGUGGAGGCAACCGAUAACGACGAGGGCGAGAAUGCCGAGAUCACUUACAGCAUCUACCACGUGUCGAACAAUGGCCAGCAGAAAUUCAAGAUCGAUCCGAAAACCGGGGUGAUCGAGUUCGUGAGGAAGCUCAAUGCCGGGGAACAAUACAGCAUUACUGUACAAGCCACUGAUAGUGGCGGCAAGUACUCCCAGACAAUUGUCGAGGUGAACGUCAUACCCGGGCCCAACACCAGGAGUCCGGUCUUCCAGCAAGCCGUCUACGAGGUGCAAGUCAGCGAAGGCGCAUCCAUUAAUUCUACGGUUGCGACAAUCACUGCCGUGGAUCCUGAAAACGAUCCCGUGUCUUACUCCAUCGUCUCCGGGAACGACUUGAGGCAGUUCGCAAUCGGCGACAAGUCCGGGGUGAUCACUGUUAUAAGGAAGUUGGACCGGGAGGACCUGACUCGUUAUCAGCUGUUGAUCAAGGCAGAGGAUACGGGAGGGCUGUCCAGCACCGCCACGGUCAACAUCAAAGUGACCGACAUCAACGAUAAGAACCCCGAAUUCGACGGAUUGCCCUACGAGUUCUCCGUCAAGGAAGGAGAGGCCAGGAAGCUGAUCGGCCGAGUGCAUGCCGAGGAUGCCGACGAGGGAAUUAACGCGGAGGUUACUUAUUUCGCCCCCGACGACGUCCCCUUCACCGUCGACCCGGAAACCGGAGACGUCCUGACGAAGAUCGCCCUGGACUACGAGCAGAACCACGAAUACAAAUUCGUCGUUACUGCAAGAGACGGCGCACCGGAACCGCGCCUUGCCACCGCAACGGUUACUGUUAAAGUCCUAGACAUUGAAGACGAGGUCCCGGUCUUUCAUCAGAGCAGCUACGAGGCUAGGGUCAAGGAAAAUGUACCCGAUUACAUGGUCACGCAAGUAACCGCCGACGAUCCGGACACGAAGAAGCAGAUCACCUACGUCAUCAAGCAGGGGGACACGGACCUCUUCUCCAUAGACCCGAAGACCGGAGUCAUCAAGACGAUCCGCGGACUGGACUAUGAAAGGGACAGUCAACACAUCCUCAUCGUCGGCACUCUGGAGAACACCAGCGACCUUCCUGGCUCUACCACGAGAGUCGUCGUCAAUGUCCAGGACCUGAACGACAUCCCUCCUGUCUUCACCUCCAUUCCUCGACCCAUAACCCUGGACGACGACAUUCCCAUCGGGGCGACCGUCAUCGACCUCGUGGCUACGGACUCCGAUGGAGCUGCUCCUGGGAACCAGGUGCGGUACGAGAUCAUCGGACGAGGGAUUGCGAGCAAAUACUUCAUCAUUGAUCCUGAUACAGGUGUCAUCCGGGUGCGGGAUGACCUGCGGAAGGAAACCGAUUCCGAGUAUCAGGUGGAUGUCAGGGCGUAUGACCUGGGGGAACCGCAAUUGUCAUCGGUAACUACCGUACCGAUUUUUGUCAGACACGUUGCGACCGUACCCCCGGAAAUUGGGCUAGGGUUUGCCGAGGACUCCUACAACGUGGAGAUACCCGAGGAUGCUGUCGACAACACCCUGAUAAAGACCCUCACGAUCAUCAACAGUCAUGCCCAUGACGCUACUCUCUUGAGGUGCGAGGUGUACAGCGGAAACGAGGAGGGAUUGUUUGUGGCUAAUGUCACGGAGGAGCGAAACUGUGCCCUCAGACUGAAGAAGGGCUCUCUUGACUUCGAGGCCAGGGAAUCUUACCAGAUCAAAAUCAAACUGGAGUCCCUUUCCGGUCUCCUUAACGCUGAUAGGAACACUACGAUGGUCAAGAUCCAGGUGCUGGACGUGAACGACAACAAGCCGGAGUUCAUCUUCCCCGAGAGCGGUGGUCGCGACCUGAUAAGAGGUCGAUAUUUCGCAGCGAUCCCUAGAACGGCGCAGUUCGGGACGACGGUUCUCCAAGUGGAGGCCCUAGAUAAGGAUAAUGGGAAGUUUGGGAAACUGGAGUACGGGAUGCUGGAUGGACCCGGGUCUAAUUACUUCUCCGUGGACGCCUCUUCCGGUAUCAUCCGGACGACCACCACUUUCGACAACGUCAACAAGCUGGAGCUUCCUCUCAAGUUCGGAGUACGCGUCCGCGACAAUCCUCACUCGACGUCCAACUCGAAUUCGGCGGAAGCUCCCGUGAUAGUCAACCUCAUCGGCGAGGAGAACCUCCUGGUGAUGGUAAUCCAGGACGCCGCGGCGGACACCCUGCAGAAGGAGACCUCGAAGAUAUCCAGACUCAUGGAGAAAAAGACUGAAUUACUGAUCGGCAUCGUUAGAAUAACUGCCAGGACGAGUCUGACGAAGAACGGCAGCGUCGAGUCCUUCCCCCAGGACUCCGACAUCUGGUUUUAUGCGGUGGAUCCUGAAACCGAGCUGAUACUCGACAGGAACAGCACGAGGAUGUACAGGUCCAUUUUGGAGAACCACGUCAUGUCGAACAUUACUUUCGACGUCUCCACCUUGAUCCAGGCCAACGCAAUUGAUAUCCACGCACCGGUUACUGUACCGGAACCAGUGCGUACCCAAACUGCGGUGGCCUUCAGUGGAGAAGUCUUCCCCUACGCUCUUAUCAUCAUCGCCUGCGUGAUCCUGGUCCUGGGCAUCGCCGGGAUAAUUUACAUAUGCGUCUCCUGGUCCAGGUACAAGGCAUACAAGGAACGCAUGCAACGGAUGUACGUGGUGCCGAGAUACGACCCCGUGUACGUGGAGCCAAAUUUAAAGGAGUACGAGACUCAGGUGUUGCAAAUGAGCGUGCCAAUUGACGACAACGACAGCUACAACGAUUUGCAACUGGACUUUAGCAACAAAAACCACGCCUUCAGCCUCGACAACGUCAGCUACAUCACCAAAGACCACGGCGGAAGCACGGGUCAACAAAGUCCUGUGAGCUCGGAAGCGGCUACAACUGCAAGGGCAUCCAGUAUAACCGGGAACCACAACGACUCCAACAUCCAUUCUUUGCGGAGAUCCACCUUGGGCAGAAAAAAUGGAAGCAAUCCUCCGAACACCGUCGACACGCCUGUCCUGAAUCCCCUGUACAACCAUGGGAACGAUCUUCUAAGUCCAAGCCCUUCCAAUGACAACGUCACUUUUCGCGAGAGGAAGGACUAUUCUCAUCUAGGGUUCACCUACUUGGGGGAUCAGAGCCCCGUGGAAACCACUACGGAAUUGUAGAGGUCUUUUAUUGCGAUGCGAGUUGGGAGUUCUUCCGGUUACGCGGCUUGAAUCCCCUAGGAAGGACUUUCCUGGAUCUGGGGGUUCUUCCGGUUACGCGGCUUGAAUCCCCUAGGAAGGACUUUCCUGGAUCUGGGGAUUUGAGUUGGGAGUUCUUCCGGUUACGCGGCUUGAAUCCCCUAGGAAGGACUUUCCUGGAUCUGGGGAUUUGAGUUGGGUGUUCUUCUGGUUACGCGGCUUGAAUCCCCUAGGAAGGACUUUCCUGGAUCUGGGGAUUUGAGUUGGGAGUUCUUCCGGUUACGCGGCUUGAAUCCCCUAGGAAGGACUUUCCUGGAUCUGGGGAUUUGAGCUGGGUGUUCUUCCGGUUACGCGGCUUGAAUCCCCUAGGAAGGACUUUCCUGGAUCUGGGGAUUUGAGUUGGGUGUUCUUCUGGUUCCGCGACUUGAAUCCCCUAGGAAGUCAGGACUAUGGUGACUCUGAAGGAUCAGAAUUGGACCUGGGUCCAGAUCGAAGGACUAUCACGCAUCCGAGGAAAGGACUAUUAAAUAUCUAAGGAAAAAGAUUACCGAAUCAACGAAACACUUCGUCGAGUAGAAUGAAAGGAAUAAUUUGUUAAUUCGGAGUAUAAUGAAAUACCCUUAAACAAAUUAAACGCGUCUUUUCCUUUGGACAUUGCGGUAGUUAUCACUGAAUUAGAAAUACAUUUCUUUCAUCCUAUUCAAGACUUUUUUAGGGCGAUGAAUGUUUUUUUUUUAUUUCUCGGAGUAGUUUGGUGGGUCCGGGAUUAUAUAGUGAUCUUAUUUAUUGUCGAGUAGGGAGUGAAUAGUAGAUGUCGGGGGGCAAUCCUUUUUUAACCGUGUAUGUAUAGAGUCGACCUUGGGCGAGUGUAUUUUCUCUUUUUAAAGCGCAGAAAGACAUUGCGAAUGCGGACAUGAUUUUUGUAUCAUUUAUACGAUUUUUGCGAUUUUUGCGGAACGGCUGUCGUACUUAAGAGCGUCGCCGAAGUACUUAAAAGUACUUCCAUUAGACAUAGAGAAAUGUUUCCUUUCAAUGAGGAACCGAGGAUGUUUUUUUUUAAAUGGACGUCGAUGAGAAAAAUCCAACGAUAAGUAAUCACUUUUAUAUCCGAAUUCGUCUGUUGCAGAAAAUCGCGACUCGCGACCGAGCCGCCAUUUUCUGCGCUUCAUUGCGAAGUUCAGUCCGGAACUUCUUGAUUUUCCCGGUAGAUGUCGAAAGGCGUUUUUCAUGACUUAGACUUACAUCUCUGUACCAAAUUGGGUAACUUUUAACACUAGAACUACCGGGGAAUUUUUUUUUUAUAGGGUCCCAUCGCGUGAAGCGAUUCGCUACAACGAAUAAAGUACUUAGACUUUGGUACAUCGUUAUCAAAUAAACAUAGAUAAAAUAAUUCAGGGUCCCAUGAAAGCCGAAAAGGAUGGAGAUAGUUAACGUUUAAUUACGCGGAGUAAUUAAGACUUCGGGAUAAAUGGCUUUCAUGGACACCUUUGAAUUAUCCGUAUAGGUGUACCAGCUCAAUGAUAAUUCCGUCCGCUAGUUAAUGCUGUCGAUAUCGGUGAAUGAUAAGAAAUUGCGUUAUCUCCGUCCAGGAUUUCAUCCGAAAUCUUAAUCUUCUUCCACCGUCCUUUUAAUUCCUCUCUUCCUAGACAAACGAAAGGAUGUACUCUCGUAAAGCAAUUUUACUCGCAGUUGAAUAAUGUUUAAGUGAGCGCCAUGCGAAAGAUACUGUAAAAACUUGUUAAUAAUUAAUAAUA